CUCUCUCCCUCUCGAGGCAGGACAUCCACCACUUUCAACCAUGGGCAAGGUUCACGGAUCGCUGGCUCGUGCCGGUAAGGUGAAGGGGCAGACGCCCAAGAUCGACAAGAUCGAGAAGAAGAAGCAGCCGCGCGGAAGGGCGAAGAAGCGCAUGCAAUACAACCGACGCUUCGUCAACGUCGUGACCGGCGUGGGCGGAAAGCGCCUGGGCCCCAACUCCAACGCCGCCAAGGUCUAAGGAAAACCCUUGUUGAUUGGUUGUGCUCCUGUGAGCAAAAAGCGCCGGGCUGUUUGGAGCGCGAGUGCACUGGGCAAGGCGUCACCAUGGCGGAAGCGGGGGGAUAGCGAAUGGAGGGACACGGGGGAAGAGAAGGGGCAGAUGGGCGUUGAGCGCCGUGUCUGUGUUUCGUCAACGUUUCCUUUUUUUGUUGUGUUGCUCUUGCUUUCGUUCGGGCGUCUAAAGCGUGGAGGUCGUAGCAGCAAUUGCCGUUCGCAGCCUUUAGCGGACUGUGUUUUGUCACAAGGCUAAAUUUUGCUGGGCGGUCGCUUGCGACUUGGAUCGGUCCGACUUUUGCUAGAACUUCGAAAAUGUCAGCUUGAGCUUACUAGGCGACUUCGGGUUCGAGCGAGCGCUGCUCCUCCGAGAACGAGAGACAA